AUGGACCCUUCUGCUGUUAACUACAACGUUACCAUCGACGACUUCGACAGUGUUUUGACCUAUGCAGACCAGUCGGUGUGGACAACUCCCGACCCGUCUGCCCCGGGUUUCAACCCCAACACGUCUCCGUAUAUGCGAGGAACCUAUCACGAGACGGAAACAGAGGGAGCCGAAGUGAGCCUCAACUUCACAGGACCCGCAAUAUACAUCUAUGGUGGAGUUGGACCUUCCUAUGGAGCAUAUGAAGUGGAAGUUGAUUCGAAAGACAAGCUCAGAGGAAUCGCGUAUCGCCAAGGAGGGGGAGACAGACCGAGUCUGCUGUUCGGCACUGACGACCUCACGUUCGCCAACCACAACAUCAUCUUACGCAAUCUAGGAGCGCAAGGUCUUGGAGGUGGAGGAAAUUUCAUGCUCGAUUUUCUACUGGCCACGGUACAGUUGGCGCCCGCUGGAGCGACGGUUACAAACAAAACUUACGAAGAAACUGACCCAGCCAUUAUAUUUAAAGGCGAAUGGGGCCACAAUACCGGCCCCCAAUUCAGUGGUGGUGGCACUACGUACACGAACGAAGACCAGGCGUCCUUCGAGCUUUCGUUCCGUGGAUCGGCUAUUUAUGUCCUCGGUGACAAGAAGAACGACCAUCGCAUUUACAGUGUCGUUCUUGACAGCAAACCCACCGAGUUUUACAACGGCACGUCUGGCUGCGGGGGCGCCUUUGGCUUGACCUGCGAGCAGCAGUACCCGACAAUCAAAUACUUCGCCUCUAACUUGGACGACUCGGAGCACAAGCUAACGUUGACGAACUUCGCUGGAGUGAACAACUCUUUCUUCGACCUUGACAGUAUCGUCGUUGCCAUUCCUUCCCAAUAUGCCCCUCGCCAACUCUCUACCUCGGACAGCCCUUUCGUAACGUCGUUCAACACUGGAGGUGUUAAUGGCACAGUUACAACCUCAAACACGGCCACGGGUACUUCGGCAGGCGGCAGUGUUCCUACGAAUACGACGAGCGCUGCGGGGUCAUCAUUACUGAUGAUGUCGAACCCUCUGUUGUUAUUCGUCCUAGCUGCGGUGGUACUCCUCCGCCCAGGUGGGCGUUGA